AUGCGAAAUAUAAAUAUCUAUUCUCCGCUAUAUAGUUCCUAUGAAAAUAUAAAUAUAUAUAAACAAAUCAGGAAAAUCAAUGACCAUAGUGAAAUAUCUACCGCCAAUAUAUCAUGUGACACCAAGGGGAGGAUAUUAGUGAAAGAUGCUGAAAAUGAAAAAAUAAGAUCCAUAAAUAAAAAUAUGACACAAAGUUUAGAGAAUUUAGAGAAAAAUAUAAAAAAUAAAAUUUUGUGUAUCCCCCCAAGAGAAAAUAAUAUAAAGGACCUAGCUUUUUUUCAAAAUAUUAAUCAAGAAAAUUACGUAUUGAAUGGCUAUAAUAUACCACCAAAUAAAAUUAUUAAUUCGGUAAACCCAAUAAGAUAUGCUUACUUAAUGCCAAACAAUAACAUUUUUUAUAAUAAGCAACAUAGUAUACAAAAUAAUAACGUCGAAAAUUAUAUUAAUAACUUAAAUAAUUCACUAAAAAAUCAAAUUAAUAACAUAUGUAAUGAUAUGAACUAUACAGAAAGAUACUUUUUAAAUGGGCAUAGUAACGUUAAAAAACCUAAUAUUUCAAAAAUUGCAGAUAAAAAUAAUGGAAAUAAUUAUAUACCCGAUAAUGCUCAUAAUUUAAACACUAAAAAUAAUACACUUUAUAAUUAUGGAAAUCAUAUAUAUAACAAUUAUAAUGGAGAUGUUCUAUAUCAAUACAAUCAAGGGGUAAACAUUUAUAGAAGUAUGUCUUCUGACAAUAUCAAUAAUACUAGAAAUAGAUAUUCUCGUUCCUUGGAUAAUAACAAUCUAGCAUUUUUAGGAUCAUUUGUGCCAUUAAUUCCUAAUAAUAACAUAAAAACAAACACAAAUACAAAAAUGAGUCAUAUAAAUGAUAUGAUAAAUUUAUCAUUUAUUCCAAAAAAUUAUAUGCAAAGGAGUAGUAGUUCAUAUUUAUUAAACCCUUUAAAAAAAGACAAACAAUAUUGUAUAAAUGUGAAUGGAAAAGUAUUGAAUCCAAAUGACAAUUUAAAAAAAAAUAAAAAUAACAAUAAAAAGCAUUCCUUUAAUUUUUCUGAUUAUUUAUCAUUUUGUGAAAAUCCAAUGAGAAGUGCAUCCAUAGAACAAAGUGUGGGCAGCUCAAUUUCAUACACAAGGCGAAAAAUAGGUAAGGACCCAUCUAUCACAAAACAAGAUAAAAAUAAUACAUUAAGAAAAAUAUAUAAUUUUUUAUUUCCUUAUAAUCAAAAAGAGCCACUUAAAAAAAAGUAUACAAAAAAAAAAUACAAUCCUAAGCAUGAUUCUAUCAAUUAUACCCAAUUAAAACACUCAAGCAAAAAUGAAUCAUUUUACAUAACAAAUAGUAACUCAAAUGGGGCAAUACAGCAUUUAUACCAUACCAAUAAUAGAAAAAAUUCAAAAAAUAAUAGUAAUAUUUGUAAUGAAAAUUAUGCUCACAAUUCGCUUAUUAACAGAAAUGGCAACAUAUCAUCCUUUAAUAAUAUACAAAAUGAAAGGAAAAACAAUGCCUAUAACAAUUAUUAUGAAUAUUGUAAUCCUGAACAAAUGAUAAAUGCCUCUUUCUUAUAUAAUACACAUCAUAACAAUAAUAAUAUAACUUUUCGAAAACAACAUUUAUCUAAAAAUAAUAUUCCUAAUGAAUUAUCCUUUAAAUAUAACCAUUAUGAUGAUAGGCAUAAAUAUCCAGAAAAAAUGGGAACUAGUAUUUAUAAAUUUACUGAUCAGAAUGGAAUUAAAAAUAAAGAACCUAAUAUUACGGACCAUCUAAAUUUAUAUCAUUCAAAGAUAGAUAACACAAAUUCUCUUAUGCAAAAUUUAAAAAAAAAUUAUUUGUCGGGAAAUAUAAGUAAAAAAAAAAACAAUGGUAAAAUAUCUCAAUGCAAUGCAAAAAACGAAAUUGACCCUAAAUCCGACGAGAAAAAUAUCACACAAAUUGGAAACAUAAAAACGCAAUGUCACGAAAAUGAAAAGAAAUAUAGUAUGGAUACGAAUCUAAACGAAAAAUUUAAAUUUUCAAUGAAUCAUAUGAAUAAUGCAGGAAAUAUAUCAAGUGGAAAUGACAAAAACCAUAUCAACUAUAAUUUUUAUAACAAUAACUUAGUAAUGCAAAGUGAAAAACAGAUAAUUGGAAAAAAUCAAAAUACGGUUAAAAAUCCAAAUGAUGCUAAUUUAACAUUUUCUAAUGUGCACCAACACAUAAAUUCAAUUCCCAAAACACGCAAUAAUCCAAAGGGCCCUAAUAUGGAAAACACGACGCUCAGUAAUAAUUAUAAAAAUAACAAUAUAUUAUAUUUACCAAACCAAUAUAAUAAUAUUAAUACAAAUAAUGAUGCAAAAACUCGUCUUCAAAAUAUAGAAAAAUUUCACUACAACAAAAAUUAUAGCAAUACCAAAGAUGGUAUAUCUGGUAACAAUGAAAUAUGUGGAAAAAAUACACUUCAACACAAAGAUAGCUAUUUAUUAAAUUAUCAGAAUAUUGCACGGCAAAGUCAAAUAAAUACUAGAAACGCUAAAGGAAAUAUGAUGCGUUCAAAUUCAGAUGUUGAAAAUCCUAUAAAUAAACUAAAAGAGUAUAACAUUGAUAAACUUCUAUACCCCAAAAGUAGCACAUAUAAUGUAAAUAAUGAUAAAAAAGAAUAUAUUAAAUUUGAGCAAAAAUUAAAUCCUAAUUCAAUAAACCACGAUUUUGCUACAUCAAAUAAUAAAAGCACAAGUCUUAAUCCUUUAGAAAAAUUAGAAUCAAAAUAUAGUAUGGAAAAUAAAAAUAAUACUAUACAUGGAUUAAAUAAUCUAUUUAAUAAUCCCAAAGUAUUAGACACUGCUGAUAAUGAUGAAAAAAAUAAAAAUAAUGAAAUAACUUCUAAUCCAAAUUUAGCACAAAUUAAUUUAAAUGGAAAUUAUAUUGAUCUUAUAAAUAAUGAUUUAUUAAAUAUAAAAAAAAUUAUAUAUGGUUCAUCUCAAUUUGACACAAAAGAAAGCGAAUUAAAUAUAAAUGAUAUAAAAUUUAAAUCUAUCAUUAUGAAUUCACAUGAGCGUGAUUUUGAAAAGUUGAAAAAAACACAUAAUAGAAUUAAUAAUGGAAAUAAUAUUAGUACAAUUGAUGGCAUUAAUGAAAUAUUAUUAUCCAUGUCAAAAGGACGCGAUAAAUCUAAUAUCCCAUUGAAUGCUUUAAAUGAAGAAUCAAAAAACAAUGAAUUAUAUGAAAAAUUAAAACAUAAUAAACAUUAUGAAUUAAUAAAAAAGAAACAAAAAUUAAAAAGUAGCAUUUUCGAUAUCAGUUCCUCUAAUUGUACUAUAAAAAACCAUCAUCAUCGAAAUUUGGAUAGUAUCGUUAAAUCUCAAGAGUUUAUGUAUUUUAAGAUGAAAACUCUGAUGGAAGCAGGUAAGAAAGCACUAGGUAAUCAUUAUAAUAACGCUACAGCGUAUAAAAAUUUUGAUUCUUCUAAAAAUAAAAUGGAAAAAAUUGCCAUAAUUCAUCGAAAUGGUACAGAUGGUAAUGAUUUUGUAUCAAAAAAACUAGUAAUAAGUAGUGAGUCAUUCCGGCAGUUUUUUAAUAAACAUAGAAAUGACAUAACAUAUAUAAAUAGUUCAAAUAUGAAUUUAAUAGAUAAUUUAGAGUAUAAUAAAAGUAGUAGUAAAGAUACUAACAAUUUAUGGAACCUAAAAAACGAUGCUAUUAAUGCUACUAAAAAAAAAGUAAAUAACUAUAAAAUGAAUGCUUCUAGUGAAUUGGCUACAACUGACUCAGAAUCGCAUUGUUUAGGAAAAAAAAAAGCUCUUAUCAUUGCACUGAGUUAUAAUGGUUUAUUGGAAGGAUGCGUAAAUGAUGCUACUCAGAUAUGUAAACAUUUAAUAGAAUCCUUUAAUUUCAAUGAAUUGAUAUUAUUAAAUGAUUGUAAUUUUUGUUAUAAAAAUUAUGUUGCACAAAAAGCUACUAAAAAAAAUAUUAUAAAUCAUUUACGUGAUUUUAUUAUUAACUCUAAUAAUGGUGAUAUUUUAUUUUUUUAUUAUUGUGGUUAUUCUACCAAAAUUAUUGAUUCGAAAUUUAGUGAGAAUAACAAUUUUGCAUUAUUACCACAAGAUUAUUCUAAUAAUAAAUAUAUAUAUUCAAAUGAGAUAUGCCAUAUAAUUAAAAAAUUAAAAGGAGGUAAACAAUUAUGCGUUAUAUUUGAUACUACUUAUUCAUCAUAUUUUGUUCCGACAUCUAUAUCUAUAACAUAUAAUAAAAGUAUAAAUGCAACUGAAUUAUCCAAAAAUGAGCAUUUACCAUUUUCGUACAAGAAAAACACUUAUUCAUUUAAAACUUUUGGAAGAAUUAGAGAUAGGCAUAUCGAUCCAAUUUAUGUAGAAAAUGUUAAGAAACCUGAAAACAAUAAAUUCCCCGAAAAAAAACAUAUAAAAUGUGAAAAAUGGACCCUUGUUCCAUCCAUAUUUUUCUUCUCUCCUGAUUUUCGAGAUAGGAAUGAAUAUGAGUUGCUCAUGAAGGGGAAAUCUUGGGGCUUAUUAACAUAUUGUAUAGGAAAAUCCAUAGAAUUGUUGAAAUCGAAUUUUUCAUAUCAUGAUGUGUUUCUCUUAUCAUCUCAAAUACUUCUUAAUAUUAAACAAAAAUACAAAAUAAAAUAUAUAAAUUUUAGAUUAUCCUUUCUAAAUGAGCAUUCUCCAGAUGAUAUAAAAUUUUUAUCGCAUGAAAGCCUUUAUUUAUACAAAAAAAGACAAAUUGAAGAGCCAUUAUGGAAAACAUCCAUAAGAUUGGGUAGUAUAAAUGAAUCGAUCAAAAGCAAAUUUAGUACGAACAUAAGUGAACUCUCGCUAAACUUAUCAAAAAUGUGUUUAUUAAUUUUUAUAAAAGACAUUCAAUUCUUCUCAAAAACUAAAAUCGAUACUUCCAUUGAAUAUUUUGCAAGUUGUUUUAUUAAACCAAAGAAUGUAAAUGUCCUUUGUGUCAGGCGAAAAAACACAAAACCCCAAAAAAUUGUUAGGGAUAAAAUAUUUUUCUUGGAAUACAUUAUUUUAGCCCUUGCCAGCAUAAAAAAUGCCAAAUUUUAUGUGGAACUUUUUAAAAAGAAGAAAAAAAAUUAUUUUGUUGCUCGAAGCGUGUUUAAUAUAAAAAACAAGGAUGGAAGGUUUUCUUUAAAGGACAUCAUUGGUAUUAUAGAUUUGAAUGUAAAACACAUAAUAGAAAAUUAG